UCAGCGCAACGCCGUUCAUCAACGAUCAUGAUAUCGCAGCUAAUAAUCUGUAGUGUUAUUGCCGUGGUGGCAUCACUGCCGGAGGGAUCGCCGUCCACAUCCUACGGGACUCCCAGCGCAGGAGGACUUGGAGGUUCGAGUGGCUCUGGCUUCGGGAGCAGAGGCAGCGGAAGCAUCAGGGCAGGAACAGGCGGGCAUUUUGGCGGAGCUGGAGGAAUCCGAGUCACUUCCGGAACAGCUUUUGGAAGUUCUCUUCAGGGGAUUCGGGGCUCAACUGGAGCAGGAUUUGGAGGUUCCGCGGGAAAGUUCGGAGAUAGCGGCGCUGGAGCUGGAGGAUACAGCGGACCUGUGAUUCCCAUCCUCAGAGACGACCGCCAGGGACCCGAUGAGUUCGGAAACUACAACUUCAACUUCGAAACUGGCAAUGGCAUCAGUCGACAGGAACAGGGUGCCCCUCAGGGACCAACUGGCGCCGUGGCCUCUCAAGGAGCUUGGUCGUUUGUCUUCCCUGACGGCACUCCUGCGAAUUUCGAGUUCAUUGCCGACGGAAGCGGUUACCGUGUGCAGUCCGACCUGCUGCCCACCCCCCCUCCCCUCCCCCCGCACGCCAUCGCUCAGAUCGAGAAGGCUCGUCGGGAGGAUGCCGCCGCUGCUGCUUCCGGCGGAGGAGGUGGUUACAGUGGCCAGGCAGGUGCUAGCCAAUCAGGGUUUGGCUCCGGUCACUUCUCGGGAGCUGGUCAAUCAGGGCUCGGUUUCGGUCAGUUCAUAGGUGCUGGCCAGUCACAAUUUGCAGGUCCUGCUGGCUCAGGACAGCGAUUCUCUGGGUCCACUCUGUCACAAAGUCCCAGCACAUCCUAUGGCUACCCUUAGGAAACUUCUUGCUGUUAAACUAAUUUCCCAUGGAGUUUUCUCUCCAGAUUAUUGCCUAAUGAUAUGUUAC